GGGUUUAAGCGAGGCGGGAUUUCUUCUCCCUCGAGGCGCUUGAUUCCACGGCGAUGCAGUUCUUGGCGGAUUUUGCCGUGGAUUUCGAUCAAUGUCGGAAUCUCCGGCUCGGCGGCGAGGAUUUGGUAUCAAGAAUGCGGCUUGGUUGGAGGGAUUUGUCCUUCGGCUACUGGAAAGAUCAUACACACGCUUCGCAUGACGACUUCCACCGCCAGUGAUAAGCUUUCUUUCGAUGGGAUUGUUGGGUUUUUUGUGGAGGCUGGUGUGGUCCAGCUUCGUCUUCAGGUGUGGAAGACAAAGCUCGCUGCAUUGGGAGGAAAGAUAGAAGAUCACGUAACAAAACAGCUGACUCACGUCUUUGCUGUUUCUUCGCAACACUUGGACCAGAGCAAGGAUUGGAAGAGAUUGAAACGGCUGAAACGGCUUAAAGUGUCAUUUUUGAAAUACGACUGGCUGGAAGACUGUCUCAAGGCAGGGCAAAGGUUGCCUGCAGAGUCUUACAAUUUGUUUCAGGAUUAUCAUGGUGCCUCAGCUGAAGAAUCCGCUGGCACUGGAACUGAUUGCACAGCGACUGACGAGAGUGCUACUGAAUCCUUAAACUCAGACACUGAUGCUGCCAUCAGUGAUACUAAACGUGAAGAAUGGAGGUCUGCACUCGUAUUCCCAAAGGAACCUGAUGAUUCCGCGGGGCAAAAUGAGAUUUAUGCUCCUCCAAACCUCAACCAAAAUAUUACAGGCCCUUUUGGAGAACUCCGGGACAUAUACAAAAACGGUCUUGGAGACAACAGAAGAUCUUAUAGCUAUCACAAGGCGAUAUCCUAUCUGGAAAAGCUACCAUAUCAAGUUACGAGUGUAUACCAAGUGAAGAAUGCUCCAUCAAUCGGGAAGUCGCUACAGAAUCACAUCCAGGAAAUUCUAUCCACUGGGAAACUUUCAAAACUGGAGCAUUUUAGAGACGAUGAAAAGGUGAAAACUGUUUCUCUUUUCGGUUCAGUGUGGGGGAUUGGGCCAUCGAACGCUUUGAAAUAUUACGAGAAAGGUCAUCGUUCCUUGGAGGACUUAAGGCAUGACGAGUCACUUACACGUACCCAACGGCUUGGGCUGCAAUAUUUCGAGGAUAUCAACGCAAAAAUUCCACGCAGCGAGGCGAACUACGUGGAAAAUCUGGUGCAAGAAAUUGCUAGUGCUAUUCAACCCGGGAUAUCCGUUGUUUGUGGAGGUUCUUAUAGACGUGGGAAGUCGCUGGUAGGGGAUAUGGACAUGAUUGUCACUCACUCGGAUGGCACAAGUCACAAGGGAUUCCUGAGGCGCUUAAUCCAACGACUGAAAGACAUUGAUUUUCUCACCGAAGACUUGCUGAUUGGUUACCACGAGGAACUGAACGACGAUGCUGUGGAUACUUACUUUGGGUUAUGCAAGUAUCCGGGAAGAGAGCAGCGGCAUCGUAUUGAUUUUAAGGUGUACUCUUGGGAGCAAUAUCCAUUUGGCCUCAUUGCUUGGACUGGCAACGAUGUUCUAAACAGAAGGCUGCGAAUUCUAGCUAAUGAAAAAGGAUACAAACUAGAUGAUACUGGCUUGUAUAGAACUAUUUUGUAUGAGAAGCACAAGCGUCACAAGGUCGAUAGCAAAGGCGCUCGAGUCAUCUGCAAGAACGAGAAAGAAGUCUUCGAGUUCGUAGGCCAUCCUUGGUUGGAGCCCAACGAGAGGAACCUUUGAAAAAUCUUCCAGAGGACCGGCGACUUGAAGCGAGCCAGAGAAGUCUUUGAUUCCAUCAAAGACAAUGCCAGAGACUCUUUCUCGUGGGAGACUCUCCUCUACGUCUACUGCCGCAACAAAAACUUGAAAGAGUCCAGGCAGACCUUCGAGCAAAUGCCGGACAAAACUCUCGUGGCCUGGAACAUGAUGCUCACUGCAAACGCUCGUAAUGGUGAGCUGCGCGAGGCUGAGCGACUGUUUGAGGAAAUGCCCGGACGAAACAUCGUCUCGUGGACGUCCAUGCUCGCAGCGUACGCUGCUAACGGGGAAUUCGAGCUUGCGGCGAGGUUCUUCUCCGCCAUGCCCGAGAAGAACUUAGUGUCAUGGAAUUCGAUGCUCUCGAUCCGCUCGAAACUUGGCGAUAUUGACGCUGCGAAGGUUUUGUUCGAUCGAAUGCCGCAGUGGAGUUUAGUCUCGUGGACGUGUUUGCUUUCGGCAAAUGCCGAAGGUGGCGAACUCUUACACACAAAGCUGGUAUACGGCUCCAUGCCGGAGCUGGAUAUUGUGUCUUGUACGGCUAUCAUGCGAGUUUAUGCUAACCACGGCUGCUUUGAUGAAAUCGCGGUUGUUUUUAAUGCAAUGCAAGAGCGGGAUAUCAUCGCAUGGAACGUUCUUCUUCUUGCAAAUGCCACAAAUGGGCAACUUUUCGAA